AUGUGUGAAAGCUUCAACAGCACGAUAGUUAAGUUCAGGAGCAAACCUAUAAUCACCAUGCUUGAGUGUAUUAGGCUAUAUCUGAUAACUAGAUUUCAAACAAACAAAGAAAUGAUUACGAAGGUGGAAUCUGAGUUGUGUCCUAAGAUAAGGAAGAGGCUGUAUAAGGAGAAGUUGGCAUGCAGCAAGUGGAUAGCAUGUUUGGCUGGUCGUAUGAAGUUUGAAGUGAAGAAUGGGCUUGAGAGUUUCAUUGUGGACUUGGAAGAGAAGAAAUGCAGCUGUAGGAAAGAAGAUGCUGAAAAGUAUGUCAAUGCUUGCUACAAAAGGAUUACCUACAUUGAUUGCUAUGAACCCAUUAUAGAGCCCAUCAAUGGCCAGAAUAUGUGGGGUCCUAGUGGUCUGCCACCUGUGCAACCCCCUAUCAAGAGGAGACCUCUUGGCAGGCCUAAGAAGAAGAGGGCACUGGAGCCUGAUGAACCUAUAAGUCACAGAAAAAAAAGAGGCCUAGGCAUCUCAAAACAAUGCAAGUUAUGUGGGAAAUUAGGACACAACAAGAGGAGCUGCAAGGGAGAAGUAGGAGGGAACUCCUCCUUGCCUGGGAGUGCAUCCCAAGCCAGUAGGACCACUAGAAGGGCAGCCAAGGAUGCUCAGCUAAUAGUACACAGGGCACAACCAAGCUCUAAUGAUGAUGUGACCACAAGUGCACCUCCACCCCCCACUGAUAACCAGUCCAAUUGA